AUGUCUCUCAAUUGCACAGGACUCUUGGUUGCUGCCAUGUCGGGCGUCGAAGUUAAUGUAUUUUGCCCGGUUUGUUUAGAUCCAUUCCAGGCGGAACUCAUACCGAAAUUUCUACAUUGCGGGCACCGCUUGUGUCUCACAUGCGCUACGCGAAUGUAUGAUCCAGUCCUGACCUCGAUAACUUGUCCAUUAUGCCGCCGUGAUACCGAGAUCGAAGAAAUAAGCAGUCUCACUUCCGAUGUGGAAUUUGUUCGUCUUUUGGCGGAGAGAAAGGCUUUAGUGGAAAACAACGCUCAGCAAGAAGUUGAAAUUAUUCAUCUGAAGUUACAAGUGGCUGAUUUACAGCGAAGUGCUACGCUCUGCCUGGAAACACAUGGUUUCCCUCCAUUUAUGGAGAAUUCAAGAGCUGAGGCUUCCUUUAACUUCGACGAUCCUGGAGAAAGGCCAUCGUAUUCGACUUCAAGGCAAGCGGGUUCGACUUCAAGGAUUGAUGACUACAACCAACCUUCCACCAGCCGAGGUAGCGGUAAAUUUACGCAUUCGACUUCAAGGCAAGCGGGUUCAACUUCAAGGAUUGAUGACUACGACCAGCCUUCCACCAGCCGAGGUAGCGGUAAAAUUUCGAAAGGAAAAGAACUAAAAAAACGCUAUCGAUCGACAUCGUCUGAAUCGUCAGAGUCUUCUUCCGACACGGAUUUUGAGCGAAAGAAAAAAAAGAAAAACAAGAAAAAAAGGUCGAAAAAGAACUGUUCUACAGACAGUGAUAAGAGCAUUUUUUCAAGUUCAAAAAAAAAAAAAAGAAAUCCUGAAAGACGCGGCCCACACUCAUCUUCAGUCAAGGAAGAAUUGGCGUUCAAGUUUGGCUUUGCCAAAAAACAGCCUAACAAAGAAAGCCAAGAUGUAUCCGUCAAGGACCUAUUUCUUUGUUCAAAGAAAGACGAAUUGGAGAUGCCUAAUUCCACAGAGCACAAUUGGUUGAAGGAAUGUGGUCUAGGGUAUAGAUUUGACGUCCGCUUCCCACACAACGCUUCCAGUGCAGAUGUACGAAAGAUCUUUAAGCGGGAGUUCCCUCGACUCAGCGAGGCACCUGCCUUUUAUGUCUGUGCUAAAGGACCGGGAAAUUCAAGUCGUCUCACCAUCAAAAACUACUCAGUUCCCUGUGGCCAAGAGAUAAGGCGAAUGUCAGGCAAACUAAUUGCUCUGGUCCCAAUUGGGGAAAAUAUUUCAUGCGAACAGCAGCCGCCAGAGCAGGAGGAAACAAUUCUCUGCAAAAGCUGCAAUCAACGAGUUUCUGUCCGGCGCUACAUACAGCACAUGGAAAAUUGUUCGAAUGAUAACACUCGGGUAUCAUCAUUGAAGAGACGAACUUACUGAAUCCUGUUUCUUUUUUGGACCAUUCUGGAUACAAUCCAAUCAUGCUCAAUAAUCAGAUGUUCACUGAUGAUGGAAAGUUCCAUGUGUUUGGUUUACUUUUUUUUUACAUUUUUUUUUGUUAUUCCUUUUUGCUUUUUUGUGAAGGAUUCGGGGUUUAAAUUGAUGAUAGUGUCAUCCCGCAAUUCAUUUCAAAAUACCCUCCUUUUUUAAUCACACAGAUUUUUUGGUUUUUUAAAUCAAGAUGUUGCCUUUUAUUCGUAUGGAAGGAUCGAGAUUAAGUAAUUAAGUCGUUUUUCUCUCUUUCUAUGAUGAUUGCAUUAGGAUUCCUUUCAUUUCCGCUACACUGUUUUCACACAGAUGACUCCUUUUCAAUAGAAUUAAUAAAAUCACAAAGAGAAGUAA